AUGGAAAUCGGGGUAUUUUUAUCAAAUGAUGCAUUCACGAAUUUUAUACACGAAGAAACAGAAAAAUUUGGAAUCCAGCCAGAACAAUCAUCGGAUAUUUUUUGCAGUGGAAACGUUGCCUAUGACAUUUCUACAAGAGAUAAUAAUUUUAAUAAUCAUCCAAUACAUUACACAUCUGAGCCAAUUGCAACUAAUAAUAACGAUCAGUAUUAUUCUACGGCCUCUUUUGCAUCUGAAUCAACAUCUCACACUUCACAAUUUAUCGGUCAUAAUGCUAAUGAGCAACAGAUUUUAGAACAGAACUCACCAAGUAUCUUUCCCCCACAUAAUAAUCCUCCAGCUCAUUCACCUAGCAUGAAUAAUGCUAGCUCUUCCCAAAUACAAACGGUUAAAAUUCUCGGUUAUGAAAUUAUUAUUAUCCCCAUAUCAUCUCCGUUGGCAAGUUUAAUCAGUUUAGACGUGCAGCAUCAACUUCAACAAGGCGAUACUUAUUUGGAUUAUUCUUCUUAUUCGGUUAAUCCAACACAAUUAAAUCAAGAACAGGAUUAUUCAUUUGCAACAAAUGGAUACGAUCCAACUUUGCGAUACCCAUCUCACGCGCCGCAGUCGAACGCUAGUGAUCAGAUUUACCUACCUAACUCUCCUCAAAUACAAACGGUUGAAAUUUCCGGGUAUAAAAUUAUUAUAAUCCCCACAUCCUCUCCAUUAACAAGUUCAACCAAUUUAGACAUGAAUCAACAAUUUCAACAAGGCAAUACUUACGUGGAUUAUUCUCGUUCGGUUAACCCACCACAAUUAAUUCAACAACAACACUAUUUUUCUAGUGUAGGUGAAACUUCUAUUAACGAAAAUGUUAUUAACGCUCAUAUUCACGUUUCAGAUAAUACACAGCCCCAAUUUCAACAAUAA